GCGCAUGCGCGCUGCCACCGCUCGCCCUACUCUAAAAGCGACUACCUGUGCGUGGCCGUACCGCUCGAUCCGUCAAAGUUGUCGCGACGCGUGUGCGUGCGAGUGCGAAUGCGUGGGCAGCCCUCGUCGCUCUCAGUCCACGCGGGGAAUAAAUAACGGACUUUUGCUCAGGUGGACUCCUCACCUGCGUGCAACUGCACGGAGAAGCUCAGGUGUGCGGAGGCGGAGGGAAAAGAAAAGAAGACGAAGGAGGAAAAGAAUCAACAUGCCCCGAGCCUUCCUGGUGAAGAAGGCCAAUGUUUCGCCGGGUAAGCGGAACUGGAGCGAGCUACGGGACGACGAGCGAGGAGACGUUUACAUCCCAGUAAGCAAUAGAAGGAAGAACGCUAAAACGGAUUCCACCAAGCCCAACAACGGUCUUCAGACUUGUGUCUCCAUCUUCCCGCCGUCCGUGUUGAUGAUCGAGGACAAAGCGAGUCCAGCGGAAAUGGCGCCGCUGUGCCUGGCCAAGCCAUCACUACCCGAGCGCCACGCACAUGCUGAGCUGCCGUCCUGCACGGCGCUGGGCCGGCCGUCGAGUCCGGCGGCCCCCCCGGACGAGAGUUCAGCGGUUAGGAUGAAGUCGCAGGGUGGCCUGGUCUUUGUCCGCUCCAAAAUAAAGGUGACCACAGGCGAAUUGUUAUCCGACGCUGACCUCCAACUUACAACCUUGACCCCACUGACGCUGCCACCUUCCACCGAGACGCCUGCCCCCAUGACGACAGCCGACGCCCCCGCCAGGUUUGCGUCCUCUGCGAUCCAAUCGACGGGUCAGAAAUCCGUGGCGACUCCGCUUUACGCUUGUCAGAUUUGUCACAAGACGUUCCAGUACCAGCGCAUGUUAAACAGACACAUGAAGUGUCACAACGAGACCAAGCGCCACCUAUGCACGUUCUGCGGCAAAGGAUUCAACGACACCUUCGACCUCAAGAGACAUGUGCGCACGCAUACGGGAGUACGGCCGUACAAGUGUGAUCUGUGCGACAAGGCCUUCACGCAGCGCUGCUCGCUGGAGUCCCACAUGAAGAAGAUCCACAGCGUGACCCUGCAGUACGCCUACAAGGAGCGCCGCAACAAGCUCUACGUGUGCGAGGAGUGCGGCCACACGGCAGCCACCCAGGACGAGCUGCUGCUGCACCUGCACUCCACGCAUCCCGACAGUGCCCUCUUGAAGGGCAAGGGGGCGCGGCGAGGGAUGGGGGGAGGGGAAGGCGAGUCCACGCCAGGCUCCCCGCAAGGAGCCGAUAGUGACGACACCACCGGAUCGGCGGGCCAGUGAAGCGAGGACAGAGGUGCCAAAAGGACUCGAUGCUGUGUGUUUGUGUGUCUGCGUGCGUGUGUGUGUGUAUAUGAAAAGCACAACAAGCCAUUUGAUUUCUGCGUGGAAUUCAACGGGGAUCGCCUAUAAACCUACUUUUACACCUUUUUACUGCUUGUGAAUAUGACCCGCGGGAUUUACUGUAAAGCAACUUAAUAAUCCAACUUUUCUAUGAAAGACAACUUUUCAUUAAAAGGGACAUGUAGAUGAAAUGACAA